AAAAGAGCCACACUACGUUACUUCGCCGAACUGUUGAUAACGAAAGGAGAAAGCAACGCUUGAUGAUAUGUGACUCUGGUCUCCGAAACUAACUAACCUAAUUCUCACAACAAAGACAGAAAUGGACCAUCAAGACAAUCAGAUUUUCGGAAAGAACCAAACAAUCGAUCAGGAAAGUAUACUACCUUUGGGAAUUAGUGGAAUAGCCCUGAGUCAUCAAGUAUUGAUGCACGACAGAGAUGUGCGUUUGGCUUCCAAACACGAAAUUGAGAUCAAGCAAUUGAAGCGAAGUCUACAAGAAAAGGACAAAGAAAUAGAAGACCUUCAACAGAAGCUGAAAGAAGUCAAUGAGAAAAACAACGAUCUUCAAAUCAAACUGAACACAAAAGACAGGGAGGUCGAACAACUAAAGCAGAGAAUCCAAACGCUCGAAGAUGAGAAGAAGGACCUACAAGAUGAGUUGUCACGAGUUGAGACUAAACUGAAAAGGCUAGAAAACGAAGUAAAAACACUAAACAAGUCUUCAAGGUCACACGAAGAAGAGAACAAAAAGCUUAAAGAGGAUUUACAAAGAGUUGAGUACAGCCUGAAGACUACAGAGACAAAAUUGACAACAGAGAAUGAAAAGCUUAAGAAAGAAGUGAAGCAGCUCAAAGAAACCCAAGUUAUGCCAAUGCUUGAACCACCACGAGUUCCUCUUCCACCGACAUUUCAGAGUAUGGCUUUGUUGCAUUUUGGAGAAUUAUGUUGGCAAAUUCAGGGAAAAAUGUACAAAAAGGUCUUGCCAAAGCACUAUGUUCCCGUGCGUAGCUACAAAGUGAAGAAUAUCGACAAAGAUGUAAAGAAACUUGCUCAAACAGACGAAGAAAGAAACGCCGCAAAAGAACGAUGGAAAGUCUUAAAAUCCAAGUUAAACUGGAGUGAGGAAUUAGAGGAAGCUAUAAAAUCACUACAAGAUUCGAGAAAUAUCGAAGCCCAUCCAAGAAUAAGCGAGUCUUCGCUUCUUGAUUUUGCUAAAGUUUUAGAAAAAGAUGGAAUCUUAAAGGGAUGGCUUUCCCUUGAACGAGUGAGCGAGCUUAUAGAAAUCUGGAAACGUCUGAAAUGUGAAGAGGAAUGGGGAAUUAGUGGAAUAGCCCUGAGUCAUCAAGUAUUGAUGCACGACAGAGAUGUGCGUUUGGCUUCCAAACACGAAAUUGAGAUCAAGCAAUUGAAGCGAAGUCUACAAGAAAAGGACAAAGAAAUAGAAGACCUUCAACAAAAGCUGAAAGAAGUCAAUGAGAAAAACCACGAUCUUCUAAUCAAACUGAACACAAAAGACAGGGAGGUCGAACAACUAAAGCAGAGAAUCCAAGCGCUUGAAGAUGAGAAGAAGGACCUCGAAGAUGAGUUGUCACGAGUUGAGACUAAACUGAAAAGGCUAGAAAACGAAGUAAAAACACUAAACAAGUCUUCAAGGUCACACGAGGAAGAGAACCAAAAGCUUAAAGAGGAUUUACAAAAAGUUGAGUACAGCCUGAAGACUACACAGGCAAAAUUGACAACAGAGAAUGAAAAGCUUAAGAAAGAAGUGAAGCAGCUCAAAGAAACCCACGUUUUGCCAAUGCUUGAACCACCGCGAGUUCCUCUUCCACCUACAAUUCAGAGUAGGGCUUUGUUGCAUUUUGGAGAAUUGUGUUGUCAAAUUCAGGGCAAAAUGUACAAAAAGGUCUUGCCAAAGCACUAUGUUGCCGUGCGUAGCUACAAGGUGAAGAAUAUUGAGAAAGAUGUAAAGAAACUUGCUCAAACAGACGAAGAAAGAACCAUCGCAAAAGAACGAUGGGAAGUCUUAAAAUCCAAGUUAAACUGGAGUGAGGAAUUAGAGGAAGCCAUAAAAUCACUACAAGAUUCAAGAAAUGUAGAAGCACAUCCAAGAAUAAGCGAGUCUUCGCUUCAUGAAUAUGCUACAGUUUUAGAAGAAGAUGGAAUCUUGAAGGGAUGGCUUUCCCUUGAACGAGUGAACGAGCUUAUAGAAAUCUGGAAACGUUUGAAAUGUGAAGAGGAAUGAUAAUUGCAGUAACUAGUAAGUCUUUUGCCACAAUUUUGGUUAUUUUUUUAGAACAUUGGUACAAGCCAUAAAGCAUGUCGUCAGCAGUCGAGAAUUGUACUUCAUAACUUGCAUGCAAGAAUUGCACUUUGUAACCUGCAUGAUCUUGUUAGAACAUAAUCUUGUGAACUGAAAUCUUUAUCGUUUAUUCGGAAUAACUCGUUAUAAAAAUCCGAUGAUGAACGAUUUGCUCAAAAUAAUAUUGGACACUAAACACUGGGACUGAACCAGAGACAGUCAUAAUCAUUGCAUAAUUCUGAAAGCUUUAACCAGGUUCAAUAUAUUACAUUUAUUGAGAUAGUAAGUCACUUAAGAGGGCCUGGUAAAGCCUCUUUAGUGUCUGUGCUUAUUAUCAUUAUUACAAAAUCUACAUAGAUAUAUAGUUCUUAUUUUUGGCCAUUUGAUUACUUUACAAGAUGAUGUAUAUACUGCAUUUCGUGAUGUAAUUACACAAUUGAACGUUAUUAUUAUACAAAAAUAGAGUACAAAUGUAGUAAAUACGACAAUUAAUGCAUGAUAAGAUUUUGAGAUGCACAUCAAGAAACUAAGCUAAUAAAAUAAGUAAAACAAAAUUAUUAUACAGGCUCGUCUGUGUAUAGCUUCGCCACCCAAAUGUGGACUCUGAAACGUAACUGCUAGAAGGCGCCAAAUUGAAAAAUUCGACACGACGUAUAGCGUUUUUGUUUUGGCAGUAUUGGCAGGAAUAAAUGGGUGCCAUACCUUGCCAAAUAAAUAUCACACAAGAAGGAAAGAUUUCAUUUGCAGGAAAUGAUCCCGACAAGAAAAAGUCUUAAAUUUCACUAUUUCUAAAAACAUUUUUAUUGUUAAUGUAAUGCAGUUUAAAUGCAURACUUUUGCAAAGAAACUUUAGAUAUGCAUGACACAUUAAAAGAUAAAUUGCAUGUUUGAUGUAUUUGCUGAASAGUUUCACCACAAGGAAUUUCUAUGUUAUAGAAACAAGCAUCAAUAUAUUUUUUGUAGUUACAUUGCAAAUUUUACAUACAAAAUGUAUACACAUUCAGAAAAGUAUUAAAGCCACAAAUCAUUAAGUUGGUACGUGUCUCGAUGUUUGUUAGAAAAUAAACACUUAGUCUUAAUUUUAAUUGAGUCUCCUCGUGUACCUUCUUUGUCUUCGCACUACUCUUCUUCUUCUUCUCGUUGUUUUCGCUCACCUUCGCUUCCUCGAGCAAAUAUGAAUCAUGCAAACAUUAUCCUGGCAAAUUACAAUCGUCUCCAUUAAUCGUUCCCAAAGUACUUUUGAGAGGUAGUCAUGCAUUUGCAUCGAAGUGAGAAGACCGUUGAGGUU